AUGAAUCGUCAGCUCGGUAAGAAGCUAGUACAAUGGUCAGCUACCAGGACGAAGUCUACAACAGAGGAACUUGUGAAAAGUUUGACGGUUCCAUUGAGAGAACAUGAGCAGCCACUCAAAGUAUUGACGCCAGAUGAGAAGAGGAAAGCGGUUCAACUGAGAAUGAAAGAGAUUGAACAUAUAAAAGGACACCCACCGUUCUUCGAUAUGUUUAUGAGAGAACAUACUUACUUAAGGAUCUCACUCACAGAAAAAUGUAACUUCAGAUGUUUGUACUGUAUGCCUGCUGAAGGUGUCCCACUGAAGCCAAAAGACAAGAUGCUAACAAAUGAUGAAAUACUGAAGUUAGUCAAACUAUUCGCCAGGCAUGGAAUCGACAAAAUCAGACUAACAGGUGGAGAGCCAACUAUUCGAAAGGACAUUGUGCAAAUUGUCGAAGGAAUCGCUUCCACGCCGGGUAUCAAAGACGUGGGUAUCACGACGAACGGGUUGGUUCUGCCGAGAUUUCUACCCGACCUGAAAAAUGCGGGACUUACAAAGAUAAAUAUCAGUAUUGACUCUUUGGAAAGACAGAAGUUUGCAAAAAUGACAAGAAGAGAUGGCUUUGACAAAGUCUGGAAAUCUAUCGAGCUUGCAAGAAGCUAUUUUCCAAAAGUGAAGCUCAACGUCGUUGUGAUCAGACAUCAAAAUGAGAACGAAAUUGUUGAUUUCGUGAAUCUCACUCGUGACCGUAAUCUAGACGUUCGGUUUAUUGAAUUCAUGCCAUUUGGAGGAAAUGAGUUCAAGAAUGAUCAGUUUUUUGGCUAUCGCGAGAUGUUGAAUUUGAUAGUGGAAAAGUUUGGAGAAGAUGUUAUUCGGUUAUCGGAUUCGCCAAAUGACACGACAAAAGCUUACAAGAUUGAAGGAUAUCAAGGACAGUUUGGAUUCAUCACCUCAAUGACAGAUCAUUUCUGUAACACAUGCAAUCGGUUGAGAAUAACUGCAGAUGGGAACCUGAAAGUGUGCCUUCAUGGUAACUCCGAAGUGAGCCUUCGCGAUAAAAUUCGUGGCGGUGACACGGAUGAACAACUUUCUGAAAUCAUUCAAAAGGCUGUAAACAACAAAAAAGCCAGGCAUGCCGGAAUGGACGCUCUCAAAAACUUGCCAAAUCGACCGAUGAUUCUUAUCGGCGUUUAUUCCGAUUCUCCCGUACUCACUCAUGUUGACAACAAUGGCCGGGCAACACAAGUAGAUGUUUCAAAUAAAUCAAUCACUAUAAGAACAGCUGUAGCAAAAGGGACAAUUAUUUUAACUCCAGAAAUAUCACUUCAAAUCUCCCAAAAUACUAUCAAAAAAGGCGAUGUGUUGACCGUAGCCAAAAUUGCCAGCAUUCUGGGUGCAAAACAAGUUGCAAACCUGAUUCCAUUAUGUCAUCCUAUACGUCUUGAUUUUGUCAACACCAUUUUUGAACAUGAUCUAAAAAACGCUCAACUUCACUGUAUUUCUACUGCAAAAUGUGGUGGUAACACUGGAGUUGAAAUGGAAGCUCUCACAGCUUGCACGAUUGCACUGCUCACUGUAUACGAUAUGUGUAAAGCAAUCAGUCAAAAAAUGGUGAUCUCCAACAUUCAUCUUGUUCACAAAUCUGGCGGCAAAACAACUUAUAAUAUUGACAAUGAAAAUCAGAUUUGA